CGCUCUUUGGUAGACCGUCGCGACGCGGACGCGGGACGCAGGUUAGUCGGGUUCGGGUUUUGUGCGGUGUAGUCUGUGUCCGUGGUAUAGUUCGUUCCUGUCGUGUUCGGUGCUCGUUGUAGUUAGUUAUUGUUUUCAAUAAAGUGUACUAUCGGGUUUUUUUAAAACUUAAUGAAAUAAUAAUCGGACUGUUGUCGUUUCGAGUCCGACUAUUUGUGUUUACUUGGCCAACGGCGAAGACCACAAUCGACCAGCUGUGCGUUGUUUUGGGCCCGCCAACGACGGUGUCUCUGUUGACAUGACCACUUGCUCGGCCGACUAGACGUCAUGGGGUACACGGGAGGCGGCGGCGGCGGUGGUGGAGGCGGCGGCCAGGGCAAACCGGAGUACGAGGCCCUGGUGGGCCGACAAGAAGCCGAGAUCCGUAUGCUGGAGGUGAUGCGGCGCUGCGUUACCAGCAAGCUCAAGUGCGACCGCGAAUACGCAGCCUCGCUGAGCGCCGUGUGCGCGCAAGGCUUGAAGUGCGACCCAACCACCGGCAGUCUGGUUGCCGGCGCGUGGAAGCGGUUGCUGGACGAGCUGGACGCGGCCAGCCGGGCCAUCCGCGGCGUCUGCGACCGCAUCGAGAAGAACACGCUGGACCGGAUCGCCAACAUUUGCGCGGAGAAAAGGAAAGCGAAAAAGGCCUACCAGGACGAGUACAACAGGAUAUCGCUGCAGUACAACAAUCUUAUCGACGAGCUGGCGAGGAAAAGAGCCGACUACACCAAGCACCUAGAAAUAUACCGUUCGAUGAGAUCAAGAUUUGAAGAACACUACAUCAAAAGCGGACGAGGAGGCAGAAAGCUGGACGACGUCCGAGAGAAAUACCAAAGAGCUUGUCGACGUUUGCAUCUGGUGCACAACGAAUACGUUUUGUUGAUCGCCGAAGCCCAAGAGUCGGAAAAAGACUUCCAGACGGUCAUGAUGCCCGCCUUUAUGCAACACCACCGACAGGAGUUGGAGAACAUUGUGGCGGACUGGAAAAACGCUUUGUCCGAAUUGGCCGCACAGUGGAACCCGGCGUCCGAGGAGUUCGUGCAGAUAGGCGUGCGAAUGGAAUCCUGUACGGACAUCGUUCAGCCCUGCGAGGAGUACAACGAUUACACUAGAAAGACUGACCGCGGUGACGUCGAGAUAACGUUUGACGACGCUCUGGUGCAGGACGACACGUCCGGACACCUGCAGGCUAAUCAGCUGGCCGUCGACAACCUGACCAUGGACUGGGUACGGAACAAAAUGACUGAGCUCGAAACCCGACUGAAGGAAUGCCAAGAAGCCAUGGAAACCAGCCUCCUUGACAAUAGUUCGGAUAACAAUUCCGAUUUACCUCUGAUCGAACUCAGGAGCGAAGAACACCGACUUCAAAAACAGGUGGAAGUGAUAAAAAAAGCGCUGUUCGAAAUCGGCUGCGAAGAAUUGCCGUCUGGCUGUGACUUACCGUCGUUGGACAUUAACGAUUUGGACAUUAUCGUCGAGGGAUCGCUGAAGAGGCCGUCUCUGGGAAACGUCAGCCAAGCAUCGUCCAUGAUGACCAUAGCCACUACACUGGCCACGUCCAGCCUGGUGGACAUCCUGCGCAAGCCUUUCCGCCGCAAAUCGGUACCGAACUCUGGUAACGGCGGUAACCCGUCGGCGGACAACAACAAUUCCACCAUGCAGACCGCCGCGGUGACCACGACCACGGCCAGCUCAGGAGUAGGUUCAAACAACAGCGAUAACGGGAACCACUACCAGUCCGACAGCAUGGACGGCAACGACGGGUCGGUCAUCGUCGACAUGCGACCGAUCGUCACGCCUUUGCCGUACCAAACGUUUGCCGACAACAACGCUAACAACUUUGUGCCUAGUGUGAUCGGUUCGUCGACCAAGUCGCUGAUCGAAGAAGAAUGGUUUCACGGAGUGUUGCCCAGAGAAGAGGUGGUCAGGCUGUUGACGAAAGAAGGCGACUUCUUGGUGCGGGAAACGACCAGAAACGACGAAAACCAGACGGUACUGUCCGUCUGUUGGGGAGGUCACAAACACUUCAUAGUUCAGACUACUUCUGACGGCGAGUUUCGAUUCGAGGGACCCUCGUUUCCUACCAUCCAAGAGUUGAUCACUUAUCAGUAUCAGAGCGCGUUACCGGUGACCAGCCGUUCGGGGGCCAUACUUAGGCAGCCCAUACCCAGAGAGCGAUGGGAGCUGAACAACGACGACGUGAUGCUGCUCGAGAAAAUCGGCAGAGGCAAUUUCGGCGACGUCUACAAAGCGAGACUGCGGUCGACCAGCAAAGAAGUCGCGGUGAAAACGUGCCGAGUUACCGUGCCCGACGAGCACAAAAAGAAAUUCCUACAGGAAGGUCGGAUCCUCAAACAGUACGACCAUCCCAACGUCGUCAAGUUAAUCGGUAUCUGCGUGCAGAAACAACCGAUAAUGAUAGUCAUGGAACUAGUCGCAGGCGGGUCUUUGUUGACGUAUUUAAGAAAUAACUCCAAGACCUUGACUGUCCUUCAAUUGGUCUCAAUGUGCCGCGACGCCGCCGCCGGUAUGAUGUACUUGGAGAGCAAGAACUGCAUACACCGUGAUCUCGCAGCCCGCAAUUGUCUAGUCGGUGACAGCAACAUAGUGAAAAUUUCCGAUUUCGGUAUGUCCAGAGAGGAAGAAGAAUACAUUGUGUCGGACGGCAUGAAACAAAUACCGAUCAAGUGGACGGCUCCUGAAGCCUUAAAUUUCGGAAAAUACACAACGCUUUGUGACGUUUGGAGUUACGGUGUUCUGUGCUGGGAAAUAUUCGCUAGAGGCGGUACGCCGUACAGCGGACUUAGCAAUUCAAAAGCUCGAGAAAAAAUUGAUACCGGCUACAGGAUGCCGGCUCCCGAGGGAACGCCGGAGGAAGUUUACCGGUUGAUGUUACAGUGUUGGCAGUACCAACCCGAGAACCGUCCGCACUUCGAUCGGAUCCACGCGUCCAUGGAAUCGCUGGUGAAAUCUCUGAGUCCGGUACCGCCUAAAAUGCGCAUCGUCGACGGUGCUAAGUCCAACGACAUUUCCAACGUGGCUCUGUUUAUGUUGCGCAUAUGACGACGACGACGAUGACGAUGAUGAUGAUCGAGGAUCGAUGAUCUAUUUGUUGGGAUUUGUUUCAUUUAUUUUGUUUUUUGCUAGGCCGGCGUACAGGUGGACCGCAUCGUCGUGUCUCCGGAAAUGGUAAUCAUGGCGAACGGUCAGUAGUGCAACCGCCGCCGUGUUAUGUUCUUCCGAAAUGUGAUCGUUUUUAAAUAUUAAUUUAUAUUAUAUAUUGUUACUCGUACCUAUUAUAGUAAUUAUUAUUUAUCACCGGACACAUUGUAUUAUUAUUGUUGUCGAUUUACAUAUUAUAUUUUACAAGUCAUGAUGUGUUGUCAAAUUUGUGCACGCGCUCGACCGUCCGAAAGCGACGAAGGCCUUAUACAUGUUUAUUAUUGUAUUUGUAAAUAACAUUAUGUGUUGGAUACUAAUAUCAGAAGUCAACAGUUGUUAAUACGACCGGUUAAAGAACAUUAGGAAAAUAUUAUUAUUUUUAAUAACGGUAAUAUUAUAACGUGAUAAAAGUCGAGACACGACGACCUUUCUCGUUUACAAUAUUAUAUACCAUAUUUUUAUGUACCUAUAAUUUACAUUAUUAUAAUUUGUUACCUGCAAUGUUACGAAAAAUUAUUAUUAUUAUUAUAUUAUAUUUUUAUUAUUAUUAUAUACGCUCAAACGAUAUGAUUUUUGGACUUUAUCGAAAACGGAAAAAAUCUCAGUCAAUAGGUGCUAUUUUACUUAUGUUAAGGAUAAGGUAGAACAAAAAAAAAAUAAUGAUUAUGAUACGAAAAAUAUUGUUCUAAGUAAUUAGAACUACACUAGUUUGUUGAUCUAAAUCGGUGCCAAAUUCAAACAAUAUGUCAUUGCAAAUGUCUAUAUUUUUACUGUUUAAACUUGUUUUUCUUUAAAAAAAUUGUUUGAAUUUUAAUAUAACUUCAAUAUAAUGUUUUACAUAGAAAUAUGUAUAUUUAUACAAUAUAUUAUAAAGAAAUUACGUUUUUUUUAUCGUCUUGUUGUGUCGACCUGUUAAAAUUUUAAUUUAAUUCUAUGUAUAUUAUUAUUAUGUUAAUCGAUAAAUUUCUAAGUAUAUUUAUUACGUUAUUCGGCCAGAUAAAUAGCAUAGGACGCUGUAACAAUCAAUCAUGUUUUAUAUUAGUAUAAAUAAAUAAAAAUACGGAGUGCUUUCAAAUCGAACCAUAAAUGUUUUGUACGUUUAUG